AUGGUAGACAUCAUAGAAGAGACGCCGAUAGAAAAAUAUAAAGCGAGACCUGUAAGACAGAGAAGUGUUAUUGAAGAAGUUAUAGAAGAUGCGCCGAGAGAAACAUAUAAAUAUGUGCCGGAUAAACUGGAUAUAUAUGGCUGUAUAGUAGACAUGGCGGAAAAUCCGGAGAGGGCAAAAUCUACAUUACAGACAAUUGAAAACAUCUUAAAGGCUCUAAAAGACCACGACAGAUUGCCUAGUCUUACUAAAGAUGUUGAGAAAAACAGAAAGGGAGAGACUGUGCUACAUACAGCCAUAAAGAUUUUCCAGUUUAAAAGUCAAGAAGAAAAAGAAGUAAUCGAGUUACUUAUUUCAGUAUAUCCAAAACUGAUUAAGUUUGACCGGGAGAGUACGGAAUAUGCCGGCCAAACUCCAUUGCAUAUGGCUGUAUGUAAAGGCAAUAUAUGGCUUGUCAAAACAUUGUUAAAACAAAUUUGCAAGGCAAGCGCAAAGCACUGGAAAUCAACACUGCUGAAAAGGAAAGCAACAGGCCAGGUAUUCACGAACACUGUGAUGAUGGGACAAGUCCCUCUGACUAUAGCAGCUUUGACUUUCAAUAGAGGAAUGUUUGAUUUAUUACUGAAUGAAGGGGCUGAUCUCGACGGAACGAAUUCGUUAGGUGACAACGUUUGCCAUUCCUUGAUAAGAUACGGUUAUUUAUACCCAGAAAAACUAAAUGACGUAUUAGAAAUGUGCCGGAAGAUAAAUGAGGACCCUGCGCCGUAUGAUACUAGUGCACGCGCGAUACAAAACAGAAAACUCAGGAAGAAGAUUUGGUUAAUGGAGAAUAUACAAGGUUUGAACCCGUUACAACUAACAGUGACACUUGGACAACAUCAGAUGUUUUCUUUUAUUAUGGACCAAGAGGCCUACUGUUUUGAAAACUCGAAAGAUGGACUGUUUGACAUCAAAAUAUAUGACAUUACGGAAAUUGACCCUAUCUCUUCAAUGAUAUCUGGAGACAUGGGAGGGUUAAACGAGAGUAUGCAAAACAGAUGUCUACCGGAGAUCAUUUCCCGAAGACAGACUACGUAUCAAAGUGAACUUUUUCGAAAGUCUGUCCUUAUGAUGCUUUUCGAUCUUGAGCCGUCUGUCGCUUUUCAGUUCAUUUUGUUUCCUCCAUUAAUGAGAGUCGUCAAUCAGAAGUGGAAUGCAUACAGAAAAUAUGUCUACUUUUGGUGGAUAUUUCAUACGAUAUUUAUGUUUUUUCAUACAUGUUAUUGUGUUGGGAGAUCAAAACAAAACCAUAAUUCCCAAGGGCUUUUCAGUGUCAACAGUCCUCCAAUCUUUAUCAGGAAAAUACCAUAUGAUCCAUUUGUUACAACAUACGGCAGUAUCUGCAUAAUAGUUUCAUUUGUAUACCUUGCUCAGGAAGGGUUGCGGAUGUACAAAAAAAGAAUGCCGUGGACUCUGAGCUCAUUCUUGAAUCCUUACAGCAGUGGCUGGUUUCGUGUUAUGUUUGUUUUCUUCGGUCUCUGCCUCAUUGUCGACUUUGCCCUUGCUUAUUGCGUUGUUUCCUACGAGAACUAUCUACUAAUAGCAGCUAUGGUACUCGGGUGGUUUUUGGAAAUAUUUUUCAUAAGAGCCUUCAAACCGUUCAGUUUCUUCACGGUUAUGAUACAAAAAGUCCUCAUUAUAGACAUGUCACGUUUCUUUGUCAUAAUCGGUAUCGAAAUACUUGCUUUCGCUACCGCUAUGUUUAUGGCGAUUCAAGGGUCGAGUGUUGCGGAAUCAACAGAUUAUCAGGACAUUUGGCGGACAAUAUUCUCUAUGUUUAGCUUGAUGGUAGGUGUCGGAGACUUAGUCGCAAUCUAUGAUACUCGUCAUCCCACCUUGUGUAUCAUCAUACUGGUGAGCUUUAUCGUUAUGACCACUUUGCUCAUGCUGAAUGCACUUAUAGCAAUGAUGUCUCGCACGUGUAUGGAAUUGGUAGAGAAUGUUGGAAAUGUAAGGACAAGAGAGCGACAUUGUAAACUUCAAUAUUUAUCUAUGAUUUUCUUUUUUGAAAGUAUUCUUCCCAGUAGAUUUAUAUUCCAAGUGGGUGAAUGUCAGGAAGUUAGUCGAUAUAAUAACACUAUCCACCGAAGAAGAAAAGUGAAAAGAUACAUGCUAGAAUUGCGAUCGUUACAGAAUGAAGACGGAAAUGACUGUGAAGAAGGAACGAUUUCUACAAGCUGGGGAUUCAGGACCGCUGUAUUUAAUGCUCUCAAAAACAACAAGCGAGGCUCAACAGACAGGCCUCUUUCUGGUAUUAGUGAUAAAAUUCGACAAACAUUAAAGAAAAUUAGCAAAAAGAAAGCAAAGAAAACAAAUGCCGAUGAUGACAAGCAAGAUUGUAUUUUAGAACCCUCUGAGCAAAGACCAGUACAAAUUCAGCCGCCUGAAUCACAUGAUUUCGGCUUGAAUCCAAUGGCUGCGGAUAACGGAUUUCCAAAUGGUGGCUUUUCUGCGAGAACUCCAAGACAAGCUGAGAUUGACAUAUACCAUGUUAAUCUUUGUAGACAAUGCUCUGUCAGCGAUGUCACUCGUGACUGUGAUCAUUAA